CGGAUAUUAUAGUGGCGGCGUUGUUAUGACAAUGUGACGUUUUUUGUUUUUGUUUUCUUUUUUUUAAUGCAAGUUGUAGCGAUAAAUAAAGUUUCAGUCAAGUGACAGGAGUUUCGGUUUUCUUUCCACGUCUUCGAAACUAUAUUAAAUGGCCUCUUGUGCACACGAAGAGUUUGAACUCAGCCAGAAACAUGAAGAUAUACUGGGGAAAAGAGCAUUACUGCUGCAGCAGAUGGAAGCGCACAACGAACAGCAGAAGGCUCAGAAGAAGCAGCAGUGUGUGAAGUCUCAAGCAGCGAAGGAGAGGAAUGCUCAGAUCCUUAAGGAUUUUCAGAAUGCUGAAAAAAAUCUUCAAACCAGACAGCUCCUUCAUCCAGAUAUUAUUAACCUUGAGACUCUUUAUUGGGCCUCAAUUGAACGGAAACUACCAGCAUGGGAGCAGUAUUUACUUGGGAAAGGACAACCACCAGUGAGUGAGUCUGGGAGAUUGCUUAGGCAACAGAGACAGAAAACUAGACAGCAAGAUCCCUCACCUGUACAAUGCAAGGGUAAACCCCCUCGACCAAAACCUAGAUGACCUGUAAAUAAACACAAUUUAGAAUUUUUUUGCCCCAAA